UCGGGCUGGUUGGCUGGUUGGCGGGGAGCACCAGCACACAGAGGCCACCAGCAGCCAGCGGCCAGCUGUCUUCAGUGUGUUACUAGCUAGUGGCGGAGGAACAUCGGUGCGCGCGCUCGCCUCUCAUCCCUGUGUUUAGGAGCUGUGAUAAGUGUAUUUUGCGAAGCCCUUAGACAACUACUGAGUGAUAAUCAUUUACCUGUGUCUAAUUAACCUGAGUGUGUGAGGUAAAAGCAAAAUAUACCAAGAAAGUGACCUUGAGCUUACCCUAGUAUAAAAACACCUGUUAGUGAAGCCAGGUGUGUUACUACAGGUGCGUCGAUAAUCAUACAGGUGCAGUGAUAAGAGAAUGAAAAGUGACGAGUGAGAAUUUAAAGGUCCACAUGUGUGUUACUAAGAACAGUGCCUUACGUGACGGAGGUGCUGAAGUGGUGCUGAAGGAGUGCUGAGGCCAUGGGGGUGUGCUCCUGAGUGCUGAGUGGCGGGAGAAUGAGAAGGAGAGGCGUGCAGGAAGAGAGAAAGAGGAGGGAAAAGAUUGGCAGGAAGUUACGACGAGGAAGAAAUAGAGAUUGAAAGCAACGCCAGGAGAGGGAGGAGGAGGAGAAGGAGGAGGAGGAGGCGCAAGGGAUUUGUUACUUGACCUAGCCUGACCUCGCGCGACCUCAUGUCAAGAUGUCGUCGGUACAGGAGCAGCAGAAGACAGUUCCGAAGCGGAUUGAUGGGCUGAGGGCCAAGGAGGUUAUGAGCAUCCUGCAUGAGAAGGUUGCGUUUCUGUCUGGAGGACGUGACCAGCGGCCCGGCCCCAUCCUCACCUUCCCAGCCAGCACACGGCGGGAGCGUCUCAAGCACGAUGAUUACCGUCCCCUCCUGCAGUACCUCAUGCAGAUCCCAAAUGAUGAAGUUCGGGAAGCAGGAUUUACAGUCAUCAUAGACAUGAGAGGGUCAACAUGGAACACUGUGAAGCCCAUCUUGAAAGAAUUAGCUGAGAGUUUUACCCCUCACAUUUAUGCAGUGUACAUAGUUAAGCCCGACAACUUCUGGCAGAAGCAGCGAACUAGUAUAGGCAGUCACAAGUACAAGUUUGAGACAAAUUUGAUAAGUGUAGAGACGCUAGCCAAGACCAUAGACCCCAGCCAACUCACAAAUGACUUUGACGGGACUCUCGCCUAUGAUCACAACACCUGGAUUGAGCUGCGGCUGGCGGUGGAGGAGUUCACGUGGGAUGCCAACGAGCUGCUGGACCAGCUGGAGGAUGUCCGGGACGAGCUGCAGCAGAGCGACUUUGCUGACGAUGUGAACGGUGCCAAGCGGGCCAUCGAGAGGCAUAAAGAGAUGCACCAGAAGGUCCCGGGCAACGAGAUUCACAAGCUGGACCUGACUGGCCAAAUGUUACUGCAGAGGUUAAACUGUGAUGAAGGGAGUGGAUAUGACUCUGGUUACUCAGGGCGGGACAGUGCAUCCAGCCUCAUCCUCAACAAUCCAGACUUACAGAACAGUAUUCCCCAGAUCCUCAGUUUGAUGGAGUCGCUCCACCAGGCACAGCAGCACGUCCAGCAGCUGUGGCAGCAUAAAAAGAUGAGGCUUGACCAGUGCUUCCAGCUUAGACUCUUUGAGCAAGAUGCAGAAAAGAUGUUUGAUUGGGUGUAUCAUAAUCGUGAAGAGUUCCUAGUCAAUUACGUAGCAAUAGGUCAUUCAUAUCAAGUAUCGAAAAGUCUUCAGGAAGCCCACUCCCAGUUCACAGUAGCUUGUCAGAAAGUGUACAUGAACAUCAACAGGAUACUGAGCGUUGCCUCAAGACUCAUGGAGACAGGUCACUAUGCCGCUCAGCACAUAGGUAACGUGGCUGCCAAACUGGACCAGGUGUGGAAGGAGUUUGCAGCAGGUCUCGAUGAGAGAUCCUCCGUGUUGGCUCUGUCUGUCAUGUUCCACCAGAAAGCUGAACAGUAUAUUGAGAGUGUACCAACAUGGGUGGAGAACUGCAAGCUUGUCAGUUUGCCGUCAGACAUCAUGACUCUGGAGGCGACCAUCCACCACCACCUGUCUCUCUAUGAGACCAUGUGCCAGGCGUACACUGAGGUGCACAGUACCAGCAAGAAGCUUCUCUACCAGCUGGACCACUUGGUACAAAUCUGUAGCCAGCUGCGACGUGAUGGCCAGAUGCGAAGCAAGCACAAGAAGCCACGUGGAAAGCCAUCUGCGUAUUCUGUGAGCCCUGACGGGAAGGUGGUGUACCGGGGAGGGCCGCACCAGCAGCAGCGGGGGUCAGGGAACAGUGGUAGUGCUGCGUCAGACUACUCGGAGGGGGCGAGUCACGUUCUGGCGGUCAUUCAUGAAAUCCUGGGUCACCACCGAGCUGUGGAGCAGCGGUGGUCAGACAAGAAAGUCAAGCUACACCAAAGAUUGUCAUUACGACUUUUUCAGGAGGAUGUGAAGCAGGUUCUGGACUGGCUGCAGACACACGGAGAGGUUUUCCUCCAGAAGAAUCCUGGAAUUGGCCGCAACCUUGCCAAGGCACGAAUGUAUCAGAAAAGUCAUGAACACUUUGAAAACGUUGCUCAGAACACCUACACCAACGCGGAGAAGCUGCUGCAGGCGGCGGAGGAGUUGGCACACACCGGGGAGUGCAAUCCAGAGGAGAUCUACAAUGUGGCGCAGACCCUGGACACUCACAUUGCCAGGUUUGCUACUCGGGUGCAGAAACGACACAGACUGCUCAGCAUGGCUAUUUUGUUCUACACUCAUGAGAAGGAGCUGUUGUCUUGGCUGGAAGAAUUGAUCUCAGAAUUGGAGAGUGAUGAGAGGAUAGAUGAAAACUGUGAUUCUGUAGAGGCAGCAGAAAGACUCCUUGCUCAGAUGACUUCUCAGAGGGACUCCACAUUGGAUGCCUGUGUCUCCACCACCCAUGAAGGGGAAGGUCUUCUCAAUGAGCUGAGGUCAGUGAAUGUGACGUCGGACGCUGGCUGCAGCUCCAUAGAGGGGGUGGAGGAGGCCCUGGAGAGGCUGGUCAAGAAACGAGAUGAAUUGGAGAAUCUGUGGGCCACUAGAAAGCUGCGUCUUGAUCUCCUCCUGCGACUGAGACUGUUUCAGAGAGACUCCGUGGAAAAAUUGACUCAGCUUGACAUGUGGGCCGAGGAACUUCAGAACACAGACUUUGGGAGGGACAUUGCAGACGCUGAGAGAAUGCUGGUGCUUCACAACGACUCUGCCUCACACAUGCAGAACACCACAUACCAGGUGCUGCAGAGUGGGCAGGAACUCCUCCAGCUGCUGGAGACCUCGGGAAUCCAGAUCCGUGCUGACGAGGAGUCGGACUCCGUGAGUAAGGUGUCCAUGAUCCUUGAGUGCAUUCAUGAGCGUCUGAUGGACAUCGAAGUUCUUGUGGACAUGAAGAGAGUCAAGCUAGAGCAGUGUGUUCAUCUCCUACAGUUUGAAAGUGAAGCCAACCAGGUGAUUAGUUGGAUACGUAAUGGCGAGCAAGUGUUGGCUGGCAGCUUUACCAUCCCAAGCUCUCUGGCCGAUGCAAAUGCUUUGUCACAGGAACAUGAGCAGUUUCAGGUUGCCAUAGAAAAGACUCAUGCGGCUGUGGUACAAAUACGUGAUAGAUCCUCUGCCUUGCUGAUGGCCAAGCACUACAGUCCAGAGCAGGUGAUGGAGAUAGAGUCCAACGUCACCAAGAAGUGGGAAAAGCUGGUCACUUGUGCAGAGGACAGGUACAAGCUGGUCCAGGCGUCAUUCUCCUUCUACAGCACGGUACAGAGGGUGUGUGAGGCGCUGGGGAGUCUAGAGAAGGAAUACCGGUGGGACGGGGAUUGGUGCCAGAAGGAAUUGGCUGCAUCUAGUCAAGAGGAACAACAGCAGUCUCAGCAGCAGAAUAAGACUGACCAGCAACAGAAAACAGAGCAACAACAGCAACAGCAGCAGCAGCAACAACAGCAACAGCAGCAGCAACAACAACAGCAGCAGCAGCAACAACAGCAACAGCAGCAGCAACAGCAACAACAACAACAGCAGCAGCAACAACAGCAGCAGUCCUCAGGCCAAGGCAAAGACAAAGCAGCCUCUAUCUCCUUUAUGAUUGACAGGCACCAAGAGCAGAAGGAAGCCUUCCUGAAGGCGUGCACGCUGGCCAGACGCACGGCAGAGACCUUUCUUAAGUAUUCCAAUCGAUCUCAGAACUAUUACAGCAUGAAAGCUGACCACGGCUCCCGGGGCCCUGAAGCCAAGGUGAGGGUCAUUCUAGACAAUCUCAUGGCUCAGGAGAACAAAGUGUUGGACUUCUGGACUCGGAAGAAGAACAAACUGGACCAGUGUCAACAGUACAUUCUGUUUGAGUUGUCAGCCCAGCAAGCCCUGGACUGGAUAAAGGAGACUGGUGAACUGUACCUGUCCACACACACCAACCUUGGUGACACCCGGGAGGAGACCGAGCGGCUCCUGAGGGAGCACAACGAAUUCAAAGGAACAGCCAAGGACACGCGGGACAGGGUGAAGAUGCUGCUCCUGAUGGCAGAUUCACUGGUGGAGAAGGGCCAGGCCCAUGCCCCAGCCAUCAAGGACUGGGUGGCCAGGGUGGACAAGACCUACAAGAACUUUUCUGUCCAAAUGGACCACUACCGCCUGCAGCUCGAGAGUCGUCUGGGCAUCCAGAGUGAGGACAGCAAGGUCUCCCUCUCUCUGGACCGCCACAGUGAUCCUUCUCUGGAGAACAAGGUGGGGGCUGUGGUCACCGUUGCUCAAGUGGCCAACAAAGAAGUGAGUGAAGAGCGACGCAAGUCUGCACGCAAGAAGGAGCUGAUCAUGAGAGAACUGCUCAACACAGAGCGUGUGUACGUCAAGGACUUGGAGGUGUGCAUCAAGACCUACCUGCACGAGACCCGUCUUCCCACCGCCCCUCCAGCCCUGCAGGGCAAGGAUGGAAUCAUCUUCUGUAACAUGGAAGAGAUCCUACAAUUUCACAAAAACACUUUCCUACAAGAGAUAGAAAAGUACCAGUGCAUGCCUGAGGAUGUGGGUCACUGUUUUGUCACCUGGGCUGCCAAGUUUGAUGUGUAUGUCAAGUACUGCAAGGCUCAGCCAGAGUCUAAUCGCUUGCUGGUGAGCCAAGCUGGAGCCUUCUAUGAGGAGGUGCAGCGUAAGCAUGGCGUGGAGCACCCCAUUCCUGCCUACCUCAUUAAGCCCGUGCAGAGGAUCACAAAGUACCAGCUGCUGCUCAAGGAGCUGCUGUCCUGCUGUGAGGAUGAGAACCAAGGUGAAAUCAAGGAUGGUCUUGAGGUGAUGCAGAAUGUCCCCAAGAAAGCCAAUGAUGCCCUCCACCUCUCCAUGCUGGAGGGCUGCGACGUGCUUCCUGACUCUCUGGGGGAGGUCAUUCUGCAGGACAGUUUUCAGGUCUGGGAUCAGCGGCAAUUGAUCAGAAAAGUGCGCGAUCGUCACAUUUUUCUGUUUGAUUUGUACCUUGUGUUCUGCAAGGAGGUGCGUGAUCCCAGUGGAAACAAAACCAAAUAUGCCUACAAACACCGCCUUGUCACCUCAGAGCUGUCUGUCACGGAGCACACUGAAGGAGAUGAGUGUAAAUUUGCUGUGGGGACUGCAAGAACUGGAGUCAGUGAUGGCAAGAUGAUCCUCCGGGCCAACACUCUAGAGGCCAAGCAGACGUGGGUGAGGAAGCUGAGGGAGGUGAUCCAGGAGACGUACUUCAGCUCUGCACUUCCUCUCACCAUGGUCAAGUCUCCUGCCAAGACACCCAAGCAGAACCGUGCCAGUCGAGACUUGGAGGAAUCUAUAGAUGAGAGUGCUGAGAACACUGACCGCAACUCUCUGGCCUCCUUCUCCUCCUCCAACACAGACUCCGACAAGGGAGGCGGCGAGGUGACAUGGGUGCUGGAGGACUGGAGCGGCACUGGGGCUGGGGAGCUGACAGUCACCCGCGGGCAGCAGGUGGAGGUGGUGGAUCAGCCCCCCGCCCAUAGCCCCGCCCGCGACCCGUCUGAGUGGGCGUAUGUGCGGCUGUCCCACGCCCACGACCAGGAGGGCCAUGUUCCACUCAGCCUCCUUCGCCAACCCCCCAAACAGCAGCGCUCUGACCUCGAUCUGUCAGAGGGCGUGGCGGGGAGCGGCGGGGAGGGCCCUGGAGGCACCGCUCCUGCUGGCGGCGGAUCCUCCCCCGUCACCAAACGCAAGGGCUUCUCCAGUCGAAAAUGGUUACCUCCGCCCUUACGGAAGCUGAGCCAAGGGCGUGUGGACCGCGUGACGUCGCCUUCGGCCACAUCGCCCGCGACUGAUACCGCCCACCCUAAGGAACCGCACGCCCACAAGCAGAUCAGGAAGGCUUACUCGGAACGGCGGUUUAAGGUGAGCGAGAGACAUGACCCCCGCAGGUGGCAGGGCCCGGCCACGGUCGGCAGUGCUGGUGACAUGGGGAACAAGCCAGGUACUCAGAGCCAGUCGGAGGAGGAAACAGAGGUGGUCCCAGCAGCUCGUGUACCCCCCCUCACGUCACAUCCAGACAGUGCAUCCGGCCCAAGUCGCUCCCUCUCAGUGGAGAAUGGGGAGGAAGGAGAGCUGGAGAUGGAGCUGCCACCCCCCAUGAAGGUAUUGGAGCAGCCCACGGCUGUAGCAGCGGCUCAGGGUGGUCAGGGCACUGCCGCUGCCGCCUCUGGGCCACCCAUGCCUCCCCUUGACAACAUUCUCACUGACGUCCCCACAAGAUCAACCAGUGUCGCCUUGAAGACAGCUGAAGGAACCACCACAGACCUUGCAACAGAAAUAGAAAACAUUGUCAAGGAAAAGAUGGAACAACACUCAGAAACCAGUGAGCUCCUGAAGGAGUGGCGGAGUUCAGGUGACGGGUGUUCCGGGGACGAGGCCUCAUCCCCCGUGCCCUUGACCUCACAGCUGUCAGAUGAUGCAGAUCUGGGGGCAUCAGCCCUACCUCAUUCACUCCUUGUACAAGAUACUAGUCCAGGGGAUUGUGAUAUGACCAAGGAGCAAAGAGAACUUCACAAGCGGCAGUUUGUUGUGGCAGAGCUGGUGGAGACAGAGCGCCUAUAUGUUAGGGACUUGGCAGACGUGGUGGAAGGCUACAUAGCAGAGAUGAGAAACCCAGACUCUGAGAUGAAAAUGCCAGAAAAUCUCAAGGAUGGAAAAGACAAGAUGGUGUUUGGAAACUUGGAGGCUAUUUAUGAAUGGCACAGAGAUUUCUUCAUGAAAAACAUCGAACGAUGCUUAGAGCAUCCAGAAGAAAUUGGGCCAGCGUUUCAGCGCAGUGAAAAGAGGCUACAGAUUUAUGUCAAAUACUGCCAAAACAAACCCAACUCAGAGCACAUUGUCUCAGAGUUCUCUUACUAUUUUGAGGAGAUCAGGCAGAAGCUGGGCCACAAGCUGCAGCUGCCAGACUUGCUGAUCAAGCCUGUGCAGCGAUUGAUGAAGUAUCAGCUGCUGCUGCGGGACAUCCACAAGCAUACUGAGAGGGCAGGGCUGACGCAGGAGGCUGAGAGCAUCAAGAGAGCCCUCAACAUCAUGAUUGUUGUACCCAAGGCAGCCGACGACAUGAUGAACGUUGGGAGAUUACAAGGGUUUGAUGGCAAUAUCAUGUCACAGGGAAAACUGCUGUUGUAUAGGCCGCUGGUCUGCUGCGAGGGCACCUCUGCUCAUAAUUUCCGUGGAAAAGAUUUGAUAGUGUUCCUCUUUGAGCAGUCUAUCAUAUUUUCUGAAAGUGGCAGGAAGAAGAAUCAGUUUUCCAACCCAGUUUAUCAAUAUAAGAGUCACCUACAGGUUAACAAAAUGAGCUUAAUUGAAAAGGUAGAGGAUGGGGAUCCAUUAAAAUUUCUUCUGAAAUCCACUGAUCCCCACAAGCCCCACCUUGCCUUCAUCUGUCAAGGGGCCUCGGAGGAUGACAGGAACCAGUGGGUGUCACAGAUUCGCCACUUACUGCAGACCCAAAAAGACUUUCUCAAGGCCAUUCAGUAUCCAAUAGCUUACCAAAAGGAGCAGACCAAGAAUGUGGUGGACACUCCGGGACGAGGCACCACCUGGAACUCCUCUCUCCGUAAGACCCUCAGCCAGCCUCCCAUCCACCACUGCGCUCCCACCACCAAGAAGAAAGCCAACACCAUUGAUAUUCCUGCCAGUCAAACUUGUCUCCACAGCUCUUCAACCUCUCAUCCCAGUGCAAGCAACAAACCUCCCCCACCCCCACCAGCACCUCCUGUCUCCAGCAAUGCCACCGGGAUACCCUCAUACAUACCCAUCAAGAAGGACAGCUCUCUAGACAAGCUCGAAGCUCCCUCUAGUCCACCAAAACUAAAGAAGAACUUUUUUGAUGGCUUCCGAAAUACACUGCGUCCCAGGUUGAAACUGGGACAAGACGAGGGUGGAGAAGGGACGGAAAGCUUCCCAACAUCCCCAAGGCAGGAAAGCAAAGACGACAGUUAUCACAGGCGGUGGUCUGAGUCUGGCUCCCCCACCAAGGUGGGUGAGUGGAAUGUGGCUCUCCCUGCUGGCACCCUAGUCAAGGUUUUGGCCGAUUAUUGUGCUGUGAAGGAGGAUGAAAUAUCAGUAUCUCGAGGGGAGACCAUCCAGGUUAUUUCGUCCAAUUCCUUGAGAGGAUACUUGGUGCACCGUGCAGCCACAUCCAGCAGUCCAGCAGCAGAGGGCUGGGUGCCUUCCAGUGUCAUCCUUCCCUCUGCCAAUCCUGAGAACAUUAUCAGCCCACCUGCCUCUCCUCUGAGCGUCGUCCCGCCCUAUGAAUCUCAGAUGAAGAAGCCUUGGAUGAAGUUCCGCAAGCCAUCCUUCUCCAAGCGAGAUCAGCAGCAGCGCCAGAACUCUCAGAAGAGGGAAGAGCCUGUGCCUGAAUUACCAGCAGUCUGCUCGGCCUCUCAUUUACCCAGCAGGCAGAUGACAGUCUCCCUCAUCAACCCGUAUCAUUCAGACACUGAGAACCACUAUGUCCAGCACACUGAGAAAGCUCCCAGUGGAUGUGUUCCAGCUUCCCCAGAAUCUCCAGUCAGAAUAAUAACACCAAUGAGGAAUGUCACUGUGUGUCCGGGAGAGCCAGCAGAGAUGGUGUGUGUGAUAUCCGUGGCUGGGCUGUGGCUGGAAUCCACCAUGGUCACUUGGUCUGGACCCCAUGGCCAGUUGACUGAUCCGCGCUUUGAAAUGGAGCAGCAUCGCGAUGGCACCCUGAGGCUGCACCUGGGAAGCUGUCGUGUCACUGAUGCAGGCGAAUACACUUGCACCAUCUCCUGUGCCGGCCAUUCCAUCGCCUGCUCGGCACGCAUCAAUUUGGCCCACGAUGUAAUAGAAGAGGAAGACGAGACUGCCGUGAAAAGCGAGGUGAAAGAGGCGUGUGUCGCGGAGGCUGGCGGCGAGGCGGGGGAGGAGGAGGAGCUACAGCUGGAGGAGGAAGAUGGAGAGGCUUCAAGGACUUCAGAUCAGAUUACUUGGCUGUCGGGAUUUCAGAGGAAAUACUCAGUUAUGCAUGACCUUGGGAAGGGAAGAUUUAGCGUGGUGAAACGGUGUCAAAGAAACAGUGACGGGGUGGAAGUGGCGGUAAAGUUCGUGCGGCGCGCGAGACAGGAGCGUCCAGCCACCGAGCGUGAGUACCUCCUGCUGCGCCGCCUGCAGCAUCCCUCCCUCAUCCGAUCCAUCGCCCUGUACAAUGCUACCCCUAAGUUUGACAUCCUCGUCUUGGAACUGAUAAUGGGUCUUCCUCUUCUGGAUUGGAUUUUUACACGGGAAGAAACAACAGAAUCUGAGUGUGCUGUGCUGGUGAAGCAGGUAGUGCAAGGUCUGCAAUACCUCCACUCCUCCCAGGUCGCCUACCUCGACCUCAAGCCUGAGAAUCUCUUAGUUGACAUCCUAAGAACAAAGAAUGAAGAUGGUGUGUGCAGCAUUUGCCCAGAUGAGAGCCUGCCAGCCGUCCGUCUCAUUGACUUUGGCAAUGCAAGGAGUGUAUGUGAGAAAACCCCCAGUGAAAAAAGUGGUCCAGUGACUCCUGUUAAAGAACUGGUAGUGCCACCUGAGUGUCCACCUUUAGUUCUUGGAUCCCCUGAAUUCAUGUCUCCAGAGAUCCUGGCAAGAAAGAAUGUUGGGAUCCCAGCAGAUUAUUGGGGUCUUGGGGUCCUCAUUUAUGUUCUAGUGAGUGGUCGAUCUCCCUUUCUUGGUGCAUCACCUGAGGCUACCUGCAGAAACAUCCUGGCUGGUGAUCUGAGGUUCCCUGUGGAAUACUUUGCAUCAGUGACCCAGGAAGCUUGUGACUUAAUUCAUGACUUGCUGGCUUAUAAGCCUGAGGACCGGGUGGAGCUGCAGGGUGCCCUUAGUCAUCAAUGGUUUAACAUGGAGGAAUGUGAAAGUGUUCUCCCUAUACAGUCUCUUGCUGAUUACUCCUUCAGGAGGUCUAAAGUGGCAUCAUCAGUGCAGAUCAUAACACCACAGAGUUCAUCAAAAUGAGUUUUUUUUAUGGUUUAUUUACUGUUAUGAGAAGGUUGCUUGAAUAAUUCCAAAGUCAGCUACAGGGAGGGGCAAACUCUUCUAAUCUCCUGCAGGACCAUGCUUGUGGCCUAACCAUGUGUCACUUAAAUCUUAUCACUGCUUCUGGCAUUCAAGGGAAGCAGUUCCUUUACUACACUAAAAGCUUCACAAAAAAGGUUAUUCCUCACCUCUUAUAAGAAGUAAUAUUUAAGUAUUUAUUAAAAUUAUUUACUCUUUCUCUUUAGGUAGAUAUGUAAAUGAAAUUGGGAUCUCAGUUAUGUAUUUAAUAGCAAUUUACAUGUAUGACUGCAGCUUCUUAGGAGUGACAAUAUUUCUUUCAGAGUCUUAACCAAUACAACUUAAUUAUUCUAUUUUUGGAGCUUUCCACACAAUUUAAACAAAAUUCAUGUGGCUCAGAAAGGUUAUGACAGUGAGCACAAAUAUUUCCUUCCUUUCUGUUUUGUCUACAAGUGCCUGCACAGUUUUUAUUACAUCACAGUAAAUACGAAAUAAUAAGAAAGAAUACAAGGGUCACUAAUAAAAUGCUGUAUUCCUCUACACCAGUACUCAAAUGACAGAACAUUCUCGUAGAUGGUAAAAAGAUAACUAUUAUAUAAAUUUGUUGCCAAUGCAGCUAUUAAUUAGUUCAUAAAAUUAUAUAGUAUUUUCAUGAUUGGUGAUUGUAUAUUAAUUUAUGUGCUCGACAACACUAGUCAUAUAAAAAUGUAUAAAUAGCUAACAAAACUAAAAUAUUUUAUUACAGAUGGGUCUUUGUAUUCCACUAGCCAGAAAUUGUGGUUUUGAAGAUUCAUAUAGAGGUGUUUAGCGUUUCAGUGAAUGCAUUGUAUUUUAUCUAGAUUAUUAAUAUAUUAUGUAAUCAUUCUGCCUAAUUAAUCAUUCUGCCUAAUCAUAAGUUUUCCAGGAACCAAAUGCAGACAUAGCCUGUACAUCAAAGCAGCUUACUUGAAUGAUAGGCCUACACAUUAGCUUAAUAACUUGGUAGGUUUGACAUGAUUCUGUACACUACAAUAUUUCAAGCAGUUACUAUGGCAGUCUGAAAUGCUUUAUAUUCAACAUUUUUUGUUUUGAAGGCUACAUGAAACAGGAAUAAUGGAGAGCAAUUUGAUGAGAGAAAAUACAAAAUUAACUUACAAAAAUCAAAAUGCUAACUAAACUGCCAAGAAUUGUUGUACUAUAAUUCUUUCAUAUUUAAUGAAAAUCCCUUAGA